GACAGGCUGCAGUGUCUGAACUGCUCAUUGCAGGAAGAUUAAAAGCUACAUCUUCCAAAAUAUGAUGUUCUUAAGGAAAUUUUUCAGGCUGGAUAUACCAAUUUUGUAACAUUAUUGCGAAUUUAUAUUCCACUUUGGGAUUCACUCAGUCUCACAGCAGUGGAGGGCGUAGCCAUCCCAGUCCAUAAUUUAAACAAGUGUUUGGGUGAAGAAGAGCUGCCCCUUCCCAGGACCCCUCAGUGCUGCUGAACUGUGUUACCUGAGGACUCUUCAUGACGUCAACCCACAAACAAAAUCUAAUCUUUUAAAAUGAUCUUUUCACUGCUGUUGACUGUCCCCUAUCCUGUUUUCCCUGCAGUUUCCACAAAUUUUAGGGAGGUUUGUCGAGCAUGACCUAAACACUUCUAACAUUCCUGGGGCACUUUCCCACCUCGUUACAAGCAAACUACCUUUAGGGGUAUAAAGAAAAAAGCCUACCAUUGUGUCAGUGUAUUUCAUGGAAUGGUACAACUGAAUGCAGUGCACAAAAUCCCCAUUUUGUGAAGAUUCUGUGUUCCUAUACAGAGAGUGAUAAAGGAUACGGAGAGAUUGAAAUGUCACUUCAUUUUCUCCUGUUUCAGCUCUUCCUGUUUUCUGAAGGUUGUCACUGUGACACCAAUGUAGAAAAAAAAAAAAAGAAAACCACCCAACUUCCUACUUCUAAUCUGUUUCAAGUCUUUGUCCUCGUUUCUCUCUGCUUGCAUCAAGUAUUGACAGAAAUGAGGCUUUUUUGCUGAGAUGCCUGGCUCAGUCAAAGGUACCUAAGCACGUGGCAGAGAGCCCUUGGCAUGGAGGCACAGAAGGCACAGAAGGCACCUGGUUUCACAGCUGCACCCCCAGAUCGCCCCGUUGCAGCCUCCUCUCUGCAGCCCUCGCAGGGCUCCUCAGAUCCCGGCCAGGGCACUGUGCUUCCCCGGGAACCGGCGCUGUCCCAGCCCGUGUACCUCAAAGCCCUCACCAUCCCGCUGUACCAGCCUGUCCAGGCAGGAUGCUUCCAGCCACAUGGGCAGUUAGUGACUGCCAGGAGCUGUGUCCAUCUCGACAGCACCAACAUUCCCCUCAUCCUCAACCCACUCGUCCCUCCAGAAAGCCCAGAUCGGCCUCAGUCAGUUUUUCAGAAACAACUUGGGCAAAGUCUAACAUUGAGCAUAGUCAGCACUUUACCAGUUUUAUCAUCACCGAGUUCUUGUGUAAAUGCACCUAUUGGAAGCCCAGGAAAAUCCAAAAAAGCUGGGAAAUAUAUCUGCAAACACUGUGGACGAGAUUGUCUGAAGCCAAGUGUCCUUGAGAAGCACAUUCGCUCUCACACAGGAGAGAGGCCCUUUCCGUGCACCACCUGUGGCAUCGCAUUUAAAACUCAGAGCAACUUGUACAAACACAGGAGAACUCAAACACACGUCAACAACACCAGGCUGCCCUCAGACUCUGACACCAGUGGGGCAUCAGAGCAAAACGGGAGAUCAGCAGAGAGCACCACCUCAGGCCAAGGCUGCAAACCACUGAGCAGCACCAGUGAGGAUAAGGGGAUACAGAUGAAACAACCAAGUUCAGAGACCAGUGCUGGACCAGACACUAAGAAACUUCACGAGCUUUCACUGCCAGCAACAAGCACUUCACCAGUUUUUUCAGAAAAUCAAGAAACGACGAAUCAAUCCUUCAGUUCAAAGGCUAAUCAAGGGGUUCCUGAAAGAGAACCUCGCAGUUUAUCAUCUCCAGGAGCUUUGCCAAAUGGUCCGUGUCAGAGGAAGAAGAUGCAGGAACAAAGAACUCCAACUGCCAACAAGCACAUUCAGCUGCAAAGGCAGCAAGCAACCUCUUCGGAGAAGCAGUGGGAUUACAAGCCAUUGGACUGCAAGCUGAAGAAGUGUGAGAGCACUGACUCGGGGUAUCUGUCCCGCUCUGACAGCACAGAACAACAGAUGGCAUCGCCCAGCCCCUUGCACAGCCUGUGUGAGCACAGCACGGAGCUGGAAAGCGAAACUGCCUUCAGCAGCCCCAGGUGUGCCUCCGGAAGCAGUGCAAAGCCAGAGGCAGCCGAGAAAGCUGCAGCCUCCAUGCUAGAGAAAAAGAGGCUGGAAGAGCACAUUUCAAAACUUAUUUCUCAUAACAAAAGUGUGGUGGAUGAUACCCAGUUAGACAAUGUCAGGCCCAGGAAAACUGUCCUUUCCAAACAGGGAAGCAUCGACCUGCCAAUGCCUUACACAUACAAAGACUCUUUCCAUUUUGAUAUCAGAACUUGUGAUGUAAAUAGGAAAAAGAAUCUUGCCCUUUGUUCAGCAAAGUCUACCUUUGCACCCCCUGAGAAAUGCAAGCCAAUAUUUUUCCAUUCAGUUCCCACCCAGUUCUCCACGACCAUUGACACUGUGCCUGUUACUCGGAGCAACUCCUUGCCGUUCGUGGAGGGAGCAAGGAUGGCACAGGACAAACCAGGUUGCUCAAAACCACUUUCUCUUACUAAGCAGUCUGUAAACACAGGCACUGCUGGUUUGCUGCCUAGCAACAAUCUUGCUGCAAAUUCAGUGGAUUUCCCUAAUAGCCAUCCCCGAGCUCUAGUCAGACAAACAGCCGUGGAUGAUUUGCCACUAAGUAAUGUGGUUGAUCAUCCUCCUCCUUCAGAGGAGAUGCAAGGCAGUAAAAAGCUUGGGGCUGGAGAAGUAAUCAGUGCUAAAAAUAAGAAACACAAUCAAAGGAAAUUAAAGAUGUUCUCCCAAGAAAAAUGGCAAAUGUAUGGAGAUGAAACAUUUAAGAAAAUCUACCAAAAAAUGAAAAGCAGUCAAAACGCCAAGAAAAUGAAACAAAGGGGGGAUAAGAUUACAGAUAUUACAAGCUUCACUCCUGACUCAAAGGAAUCAGCCAGCAGCACUGAAAUUGUUGAGGAAAGAGAUGCCAGGAGCUCUGUAAGUGACAGUCAUUCCUCCCUUUUGACAGCAGCUUCAAACACGGGUAAAUCAGGAACCUGUACUGAUGGUAAUCGUGUUCUGCAGAAUGUGUCCUCUGAGGAAACUGCAGACAGUGUGUCCUACCUAAUGGAGACAUCACAUACCACAAAUGCCUGUGCACGGACCAUAAGGAGCAAAACUUUCCAAGACCCCAGUGGCAGGGACAGAGAGAAGCGCACAGCUCUCAGCAGCACAGGGCGAGCUCCAAGCAGUUGUGAGCUCAGGCUUCAAAAUCUUGAGUGUCAGCCCAGCUGUCACAGAAGGAAUGAUGACUCCUUGCCAGUACAGAGUAGCAACUGGGAAAUACCAAGCCCUGGGAAAGAAUCCAGUGCGUUUGAAUUAGAUUCUAAAAGCACCACACACAGUUAUGGAGGCCAUCGCAGGACUAAGGAGACUGGCCAGCAAGGCCUGUGGGUCCAUUGCAGCAGCAGAGAGACUGCAGGGAAAUCCCAGAAUUUACCAUCAGAAAGAAAAAAGCUGAAAUUUGAAGUGGAGAAGACGACACCAAAUAUGAUUUCAAUGUCCUGCCCUAGUCCUGGUAGCGAAAGCAGUGCAGUAAGUGAAGCAGAGAGAGCCCACUGCUCUGGCACUCCCUGUCUUUCCACAGCUCCAGUGACAUUCUCCAGUAAAGCACAAGAGCAAAAAUUGGGCACAGGAAUUAAUGAAUCCACUGGAGGUACCGAGAAUGUGGAAUAUAUGAAAACAAUGAAACUCCCCACAAAAGCUCUCAAUUACGGUGAUGUUGACCUCCUUUCAAAUUCAACUGGUAUCUCAAAAGCUUCACUGGUGGGAUUUUUAGGGCCUGAAUUAAGGGGAAGUGAUUGCAACUCUUUUGCCUUGCACAAUGCAACACAUAAAGAUGACAAAACAUGUCUUGUGAAAAUAGAAGCAAAAGUACCACUUUUCAAUGACAAUGUUGGGGAUGUAUCUUCCAAAAUUCAUCAUCUGCAAUCUGGUCAUUCAACUCCAGCCCCACAACAAAAUGCCUUUUCUCCAAAAUAUAUCCUUAAAUUGCCACAGGCCAAGAGAGCCUCAAAUUUGUCACUUUUGCCUAGAUCUGAACAAGUUACACCUUGCACAUCUGAGACAGACACCCUAACCACCCCUUCCUGCUCUUCCAGCAGUGGAUCCCUCCAUUCUCAUCCCAGUGAUGUGGUUUGGUCCCCUUUACAAUUUGAAGUGAGACAAAAGGCUGGCACAGGAGAGCUUCGAUGGAAUGUACACACAAACUGGAAAACUCCAGGAUUUUGUUCACCAGUCAACUCAGAAACAACAAAUAUCUUAACCACAGCAGAUAACACCUUUUCUAACCCAAACUUCAGGCCGCAGGAUAUGGCGAGAGAUGAUUGGAAAAACAAGCAGAAGAAAAAAAAAUUGAAUUAUCAAAGGCAAACAGAAGAGAAGUGGAUGAGCAUAACUACUUGCUCUACACAGACUCCAAAGAAGAAAAUAUGCUUUACUUCUGUGUAUACAAGUGGCUUUUUCAUACCAGCUGACAUCAAAGAUGAGAGAAAGGUUUUACAGCAUCUUUGCUCAGGAAGUGACUCUUUGAUAAAGACAUCAGUUUCUAGCAAGGGAGCAGAGCCAACAGUCGUGGGAUGGGACAGAAGGGGAAGUCUGUCCACCCUCAAGGAUGCUUCACCAACACUGCAGGACAUGCUGCAGCAUCCUCAGAGCUCAACAGACAGCCCCACUUACCUUUGCCAUUCUUUUGGCACUUUUUAUUGCCACACUCUCACCACUCACUGUAAAGAAUUCCCAGUGCUCCCCCACAAUAACAGGACCUGCUCCUCUGGCAGUUUAACAGUGUCAGGCACAAAGGGCACCUUCCCCUCCCUCAGUGCUGAGCCCCGACUAACCUGGUGCUGUUUAAGCAGGAGCCUCCCCCUGCCCACGGAGCAGAAGGGGAAUGCAGACUCUGCCUACUCCUCCCUGCACUCCUGUGACAGAGGAUCCAGCAGGGAAUGCAGCCUGUCCAAAUACGACAUCUCUAUCUUCAAAAUGAAAAACAGUAACAAGACUGUGGCAUAUGGCUUAACAAACACAAGUUUAAAAACGCUGGUUUCAUCUUUUUCUAAAGGACAACAGAUGCAGGAGUUAAGCUCAGUAGCUCCUGGUGGUGCUUUCAAAAAUAUUUCAGAACAAAAGAAGAAAACUGUAGUUUGCAGAAAGGAAAAACCCUCAACAAAUAAACUCAAGAGGAGCCACAAACAGAAAAAGAUUAAAGUCACCCCCAAAUGGUACAGAGGGAGGCACAUCCAUGGAUAUUCCCAGUUGAAAGUGAACCGGCUGAGCAAGAGGCCCUGUUUCCCCAACAGAGCACUGGAUGCUUUGAGAAAGGGCUAUUCAUCACAGCCCCCCAAAUUCAAUAAGCAUAAGAAGUGCCAUUCUCCUCAAUCGAAGGUGCAAGAGAGUUACCUACACCAGCAAAAUUCCACCUCAGAUAAAGCACUUUGCAGGAGGAAAAAAGAAGGAAAGAAUAACUCAGGAAUAUCUUCCCAUACUGAAAACCUAAACCAUGUUAAACAAAGAGACAAAACGGAUAAAAAAGACAUUUCUGGGCAAAUCAGGGAACACACGGGAACAAACGUCUGUGUCCAGAACAUCACGGCUCCCCUGGGAAUAGCUGUGACAGCUCAUUCCUUUCCCUCCCCAGCUCCCACAUCCAUGCAGCAGGUCAGCAGGGACGUGGCCAUUUGCUGCUGGGUCACACAGCCCCUCGUGCUCCAGCCAUCCGGGCCAGGGCAUUCCCGGCCAAGCCUCCGGAGUGACUCAACGGCAGCUUCCUUUGGGUCUCGCCCUUCUGAUUUUACAAACACAGGCACAGGUGACCAACCCAGCAGCACAGACCCACAGGCUCCUGGUCCUCUUUCCUUACACCUGGAGACAAGCCAGGAAAACACACUGAGUGCAGAGUCAGAGAGGCAAAUAUCUGGUACGUUAGACCCGGUGAUCCAGGCCUCGGGAAGGGAGAAAACUCCAGCUUAUGAAGACAUAAAUUCACCUCACAAAGAACACCCAGCUCCCAGUUCCCAGCCUGGAUGUUCACGUUUAUUUGGAUCAAAAGCAGAGUCUCUUCCUGAGUCAGUCACAAGGGCUCAGUUACCCAGCAGAGAAUACACAGAGAGGGUAAACGUGUCUCAAAAUCUCCUGGACCUCCACGGAAGCAGAGACAGGAACGGAUCCCACCUGCAGCCCAGUCCCUAUGGAAGGCCACACGGAACAGCUACUACUACCUUUAAAAAGCCCCCAAUUUCUCUCAGAUCCCCUGAGUUCAAGAGUUACUCUGCAGCACUUUCCAAGACAUACAAAAAGAGAGGUUUAGAGAUGAUGAGGAAGCAAACGCGAGUGGAGUACGAUGACACGAGCAGUGAUGACGAGGACAGGCUGGUUAUAGAGAUAUAGCAGAGAGGCUGCUCACACAGGGACAGGAGGAAAUGCCAGGGAUGUCUGAUCCAUAGGUCUGAAACACCUAAACAUCAGCAAAGCCAUUCCUCUGUGCAAGAGGCAGAAUUCUCUUUGGAAAAGCCCUUUCUUUCAAGGACUAGUACUUUUUUUAAAGAAGCUUAUUUGAGGCAUCACACAUUUAAAAGCAAGAGGUAAACCUGUGUUUCUGACGGGUUUCCAGCAUUGUUAUGUUCUUGUCACCCUCACAGAUUUCCCACAAGUGCUGGGUGCCUGUGGGUGUGUUACUCAAAGCCUGCAGUGGAUUUGGUUACUUCUAACAAUACAACGGCAGCAGCUUCCCCCGUGUACGAGCUGGGAUUUCCUGGAAGGGUAUGGAUGUGUUCUCUUCCAUACACUCCUCUUUUCUUGCAGUCACUGCCAUCUGCACUGGGAGUGACACACUGGCAUUAAGGGGAAGAUCUGCUCCCUAAGUAUCUGUGAUAUUGGAAGAGUGUGGAAAAAUGCUGACCCUUUUCCAUGUUGCACAAAUGUCAAUGCUUCUGUGUGAGAAAUGACACAAGCAUGCUUUGCUUUGUGUUUCGUGCCUUUUAUGCCAAGAUCUACUCAAAUAUUCUUGAUUUCUAGGUGGAGAAUAUGGGUGUUAGCUGUUGAUAUUUCCUUGUGGUAAAAUUUCUGACAAGGAUUUUCUCAUUAUAUUUGUCACAUUGUGCUCCAACCGAUGUCAUCUGGAAUGUUUUGUUUUUAUUGUAACUUUAACUGCAAUGAUGCUCUUUUAUUGAGGGUAAAGAAGCUAUAUGGCAUAGCUGGUUUUCUUUUUUUAACAAAAAGUUUUGUGCUACAAACCCUAAAAUUUACUGGUUUCCAUGUGAAUAAAUAAUUAGAUAUUUCAACUUGA